AUAGUUGUAGAGAGGGGGACACUGAGCUGUCCAGGUCCUGUUUGUAUGUGCAGCUACAGCAUAUGUUCAGACAGUGUUUUUGUGAAGGUGUGUUUGUUCUGAGGGUGCAUGAGGAGGGGGGGGGGGUAUGUGCAAGAGACAGAUGGUCACUCAGUGGAGUUGUUCCCGUUCUCAGUCUCUCUUUCUCGCUCCCUUCUGGGUCCCCCUGUCAUCCCUCCAGAAUCCUGUCUCAUCACUUUUUCUUCAUCGACUCUCUUUCAUCCUCUCCUCACAGCUCCAUCUCUGCGUCUUGCUCGUCUUAUUUCUUUUUUGUUUUGUUUUUUUAUUUGCUGGGGGAAUCAAAAUACCUUUUUUUGGUUUUUCGUCUCUGACCUGGACCCCGCUGACACAAGGCUUUGAAGUUUGUUCUGGUUCCGUCAUGCCCCUCGGGUCGGUCCACUUUGACCUGCUGAUGCUGCCGAGUCUGCUGCUGCUGGUGCUGCUGCUGCUCUGGGCACCUCUGGAAACCGGGGCCCAGAAUGACACGGAGCCCAUCAUCCUGGAGGGCAAAUGCUUGGUGGUGUGUGACUCCACUCCUUCGUCCGAGCCCGCUGGGAGCGCUCUGGGCAUGUCCGUCCGCUCCGGCUCGGGACGAGUGGCCUUCUCAGCCAGCCGGCAGACCAACCACGAGCCGACAGACAUGAGCAACCGCACCAUGAUCAUCUACUUUGAUAAUAUUCUAGUCAACGUCGGCACUCACUUUGACCAAGAGAGUAGCGUCUUUGUAGCGCCGCGGCGAGGCGUGUACAGCUUCAACUUCCACGUUGUGAAGGCCUAUAACAGACAGACUAUCCAGGUCAGCCUGAUGGUGAACGGCUGGCCGAUGAUUUCAGCGUUCGCGGGAGACCAAGACGUGACCAGAGAAGCGGCCACCAACGCAGGCCUGGUGAUCCUGGAGAAGGGGGACAAGGCCUACCUCAGACUGGAGAGAGGGAACCUGAUGGGGGGUUGGAAGUACUCCACGUUCUCCGGGUUCCUGGUCUUCCCCUUGUGAGGAAGGUGAAACGUCAGAGUGUUGGGCAAAAGGAAGGGUGUGAGCGAUGGGCGUUACAACGCUUUACGAAAGUGUUUACACCCCUUGAACUUCAUGGCAUCCCAUUACUUUUCGCGGCAGUCAAAGCUGCACAUCCUUUGGGGCAUGAUCUCCACCAGCUCUCCACACCCCGGAGACUACAAUCUAAAGUCCAUUCUUUUAACAAAAUAGCUUAAGCUCCGUCUGGUUGGAUGGAGAGCAUCUGUCGACAUCAGUGUUCUAGACAUGCCAGAAACUGUCAAUUGGAUUUACAUUGGACUUUGACUGGGUCGUCCUAACAUGCGUACAUGGUGUGAUCCCAGCUACUCCCCUUUAGCUCUAACAGCGUAUUUAAAGAGAACCUCUGUCCCAGUCUUUUGCAGCCUGUAACAGGGUUUCUUCCAAGGUUGCCCAAUACAUCUAGCUAGCUUCAUAUAUUUUCCCAUCUACUCUCCCGAGCUUUGUUCCAGCUGAAGGAACGCAGACACAGCAUCAUACCGCCGCCACCAUGUUUCACCGUAGCUUUUUUCUGUUCAGAGUGACAUGCACCACAAAUAGGCCACAAUGACAAUGUUGCUCUCGUUGGACCACAUGCCUGCUAUGUCUCCUGCACGACUUUUAGGUCUCUGCAGCUCCGUCAGAGUUACCGCAGGCUUCUUGGCUGCUCUUCUGCCCGAUCCUCUCCUCCACUUUAGGCCAGCGACCCUAUCUUGGCAGAUUUAGAGUUGUGCCAUUUUUCUCUUUCCAUUUCCAAAUGACAGGUGGAACAUUGCUUUAAGAUAUGUCCAAAUCUUUGGAUAUUAUUUUAUAACCUCCACAACUUAAAGCUGUUUGCUCACUAAUCUUCUCAGACAUACCUCUGAGACCUUAACAGAACUGCUAGAUUUAUAAUGAUAGUAAAUUACAUGCAGAUGAACUGUAUUUAUAAAUUAGUUGACCUCUGAAUGCAGUUGGUUACCUUAGAUGUUACUUAAAGAAAUCAGAUAGAAAUUCAAGCCUGACUUUUGACAUUUUUAAAACCACACAUCGUUUCCCUUCCACUGCACAGUCGUGCACUACGUUGUUACGUUGUCAUAAAGCUUCCCAAAACAAUUCUCCAAAGUUUAUUGCUGUAACCCUGAAAAAAAAUGCAUAAACGUUUGAGGUGCAUGCUUUUACAAGACCUGAUUUUUAGACUACACAAAUGAAGAGGACCAUGUAUUACAAAUGAUGCUAAAAAGCUGCAAACUCUCUACAGAAAUGGUUUAUCCAUUCUGUCUUUGUGUGAAACAUUUAUUGUUUAUUGAGUUUGUCUAAUGAAUAUAAUGAUUGUGAAAAAAAAGUAUCAAUGUGUGUCGUGUGCUUCUGUGCUGAUUUACUGUCAUGCCUUAAUUUUUGCUUUGUUUCCAGAUGUUUAUAUUAACAGCUGUGCUCCAAAUAUCCUGUCCAGUCUAAAAAAGUCCUUUCUUUGAAUUUACUGUAUGACGGUUUCUCCUAUGUUCACCUGUCAGCAUCAUACAUAAAAUGUCUAUAUUUACGAUGGAGUUUCUAUAAAGAACAAAGAGUAAAAAUGUCAA